UUCAUCAGUUCGUCUCCAUUUAAGCUUCCACGUUAAAUCCCGCGUUUGACAAUGAAAGAGCUUUGAAUGAGGUCACCUCUCUCAUGCACUUCCCAACUUUAAAACAAUUGCUUUCUUUGGAUCCCAUCCCACUUCUGCCAGUGGGGGUUCUCAUUCUUGAAGAAGCUCACGUGAUUCCCGUUAAUAAUGAGUCAAAUCGGUGAAAUCUUGGCUUUGGGCUUGCAGUUGCAGGCAAGCGGAGAGGAAGAAAGAAGAGUCAGAACGGUUCUCGAUUUCUUGAGGGAGAGAAUGGACGGUGUUGAUCGAGUCCAGAGGCGGAAGACUCUCAAGGAGCGGCUUGGAUUCAAGACGAUCGGCUGCUGCGGCGCCACCUUGGGUCUCAGCCCAUUCGCAGUGAGAGUUGGGGACGACGACGAAGCACCGCCGCAGCCUCCAACACCGCCGCUACAGCAGCUGUUAGAAGAUAUUAAUGGUGGUCGGACUCGGCCAGCCAACGGCUGUGUGCCCCAGAUUCCGGCGGCAUCUGCAUCUGGAAUGAAUUUGGCCACGGCGUUAGCCGCCGAGCGGAGCCACCGGGCGGCCCAAGAGUCGGGUGGCAAUAGUGGGCUUGUAAGCCCAGUUCGGCUUACAAAUGAACGGCCCAGUAACGGCACUGCGGGAACCGCUCUGGUGACGCCGUCGAGAGUAUCGUUGAUGAGACUGAUGGUUGAGACGGACGGUGGAGCUGGACAGAGUGGAGCGGCGGAGAGAGAAAAUGAUUCUGUGUGCUGCGUGUGCAUGGGGAGAAAAAAAGGCGCGGCGUUCAUACCAUGUGGGCACACAUAUUGUAGGGUGUGUACGAGGGAGCUUUGGCUGAAUCGAGGAUCUUGCCCACUCUGCAACCGUCAAGUCCUUGAGAUUCUCGAUAUAUAUUAGAAGAUCAGAACUUUCCUGGGUGGCUUUGAUCGGACGGUGGAGGGCAUUGUGGUGGACUUGUGGUGCCAUGCACCCUAAAGUCCAGAAAAAAUAAAAAAUAAAAUAGAUGGAGCCCUCUUGAGCUGUAAUAUGAAUACAAAGAAUAUUUCUCACGUUCCAACAAUUACACUGAUUAUUCGGAUUGUUCUAAAGUU